GCGAAACUCCCAAAACCACUGUGCUUCGGUGAGCCGAGCUUCGGGAAGGCGAGUAAGCAUCAUUCGAUAGUUUUAAAAGUUUUCUUCACAGAAGGACAGAAUGGGACGGGACAUAUCGCAUAGUUUAGAAUAAUGGCUAUCGAUUGCUAUGUAUACUGUUCAUGGAUUUUUGUAGAAAAAUAGUGUUAGAGAAAUUGGUAGAAACCUUUGGAAAAUCAGGAACCAAGUCUAGGCCCUUUUCCGCAGCAGGAGGGAAAGACAGACGUGAUUUUUCAAUACUGUGGAGGAGUGAGACAAUUGUUUUAUAACAUCAGUUAUUGUCGGAAAAACAAAUAUCUAUUGUUCAAAGAUAAAGCGUAUUGUUAGGGCAACAAAGAUAAAUCAACCUGGAUAAAGUGGGCCAAGAAUCGUACAACAACAAGUUAGAAUUUUUGGGAAAAAGGUGAAGAUGGCCAGGCCUUUGAAAGCAAGAGUUCAUGAAUUAGAGAGUUUAAUUGCUAACCCAAGAAAUGAGCUGUGUGUCGAUGGAUUACUGGAUUCCAUCACAGCUUUAUACAAUGACAGUAACUUUCCAAACAUCAGGCGUGCCAAGAACUUUGAGAGCUACAUAAACAGAUAUGGCGCUGCGGCAAAGACCGUCGACAGACUUCGGAUAUCAUCGCAUGAUUUCUCAACAUUGAAAGUAAUUGGACGAGGAGCGUUUGGUGAAGUCCAGCUGGUCAGGCAUAAAGAAAGUAAAAAGGUUUAUGCUAUGAAAUUACUGAACAAAUUUGAAAUGUUAAAACGAUCAGAAUCGGCGUUCUUCUGGGAAGAAAGAGAUAUAAUGGCUCAUGCUAAUUCUGACUGGAUUGUCCAGCUCCACUUCGCCUUCCAAGAUGAGAAGUUCCUUUAUAUGAUAAUGGACUACAUGCCAGGUGGAGACCUUGUCAAUCUGAUGAGUAACUACGACAUUCCAGAAAAAUGGGCCAAGUUUUAUAUAGCCGAGGUUGUUCUAGCUUUAGAUGGUAUUCACUCGAUGGGUUUUAUUCACAGGGACGUGAAACCGGAUAACAUGCUUUUGGACAGGGACGGCCAUCUGAAAUUAGCUGAUUUUGGUACUUGCAUGAAAAUGGACAAGGAUGGCUUAGUUCGAUCUGACACUGCUGUUGGCACUCCGGAUUACAUCUCACCUGAAGUGCUACAAUCGCAAGGCGGAGAAGGGUGUUAUGGGAGAGAAUGCGAUUGGUGGUCCGUUGGUGUUUUCCUCUACGAAAUGCUUGUUGGUGAAACACCGUUUUAUGCUGACUCUCUGGUUGGCACCUAUAGCAAAAUUAUGGAUCAUGAAAAGUCACUCCAAUUUCCAGACGAUAUUCAGAUCUCACCAUCAGCGAAAAAGCUAAUUUGUGCGUUCCUAACAAAUAGGCAUCAAAGGCUUGGUAGAACCGGCGUCGAAGAAAUUAAGAAACAUAGGUUUUUUCAAAACGAUUUAUGGGAUUGGAGUAAUAUCCGAUCAACUGUCGCACCUGUGGUACCGGAACUAUCUAGUGACGCCGACACUUCUAAUUUUGAUGAUAUCCCCGACCCUGAAGCAGGCGAUGAAACGUUCGAUAAAAAUCAGGCAUUUGCAGGCAACCAUCUGCCAUUCAUAGGAUUCACCUUUGCAAAGGAACAUCAAAUCUUUGCUGGAGGGGGUAUAGGGAAGGGAUCCGGGCACAGUAAGACGAUUGAAAAUGAGAUAUCUCGACUUGAGCGAAAACUGGCUGAGGUGGAAGAGCAACUGCAUUCAGAAAUGACAGCUAAAGAUGAGCUGGAAAGCGCACACAGGACAACGAGUAUCAAACUAGCAAAGCUAACCGAAGAGCUAAGUGAGGAGGGUGAAGCAAAGAAGAAAAUUGAAACGGAGAACAGAGAGCUGGAACGAGCAGCUGCGCUUUAUAAACAUGAUAUGAAGGAGAGCCAAAGAAAGGCCGAGUUUGAAACAGAUGCAAAGAGAAAACUGGAAGCCCGAGUUGUAGAGCUGCAAAUGCGUAUAGAUUCAGAAGGAGACUCAAGAGAAGAGCUAUCGAGGAUGCAAAGGAAAUUGCAAACAAGCGAAAAGGAGGUCUCAGACACCAAGGAGAAACUGCGAAAAGAAUCAGAAAACAGCAUGAAAUUCAAGAAGAGUGAAAACGAAUUGCGGAAAUCCUAUGCUCUUCUCGAACAGUCAACAAAUGAACUAAGAGAGAAGCAUAAGUUGAUGUUUGAACAAAAGGGCAACUUGGAAAAUGACUUGCUACGGACCCAAGCUUCUUUAGAAGCAGAAAUAAACUCAGUGAAGCACGCCAAAGACAUGAGGCGUGAACUUGAAAAGCAGGUCGCAGGAUUGAAAGAGGAGGUCGAGCAGGCCAAAAACAAGUCGAAGCAAGACGCGGUCCAGUUACAGGGACUCCAGGACGAUCUUAUCAGUCUGGAGAAGGCCAAGGCGAACAAAGAAUUUGAAUACAAGCAGUUAUUGCAGAAAUACGACAAGGAGCAGUCGGAGUUCAAGGCCAAGCUCGCCAAAUCAACGGCUGACAGAAUGAAGUUGACAGAAGUUCGCGAUCACGGGAAAGACUCGAAAGAUCUGAUUAUCGAAAAAGAGGCUAGAACAAAAGCUGAAAGCAAGGCUGCCGAUCUGGAAAGGCAGUUGUCAGAUGCACGGCUGGAUCUGAAGAACGAAAAGCAGAAACUGUGCAGAAUCGAAGAAGCUUACAAUGCAGCCCAGGCUAAGUUGGAAAGUUUAAGCUCGCAGCUAGACGAGGAGGCUUCGAGGCGAUCUGUUAUUCAAACAGACCUGACGAAGGCCAACGAACAACUGACGCUUCGAGGAACUGCGGAGAAGCAGAAGGAAAAGGAGCUGAAAAAUGUUACAGAAGAGAAGAAGCAGAUUGAAGAACAGCUGGCAAAACUGAAAAGCGCCGUCGCAGUGGAUGAUCUGCAGAUGAAGGAACUACAGGAUCAGCUAGAGGCUGAACAGUGCUUCACGACACUUUACAAGACACAAGUGGUUGAGUUGAAAGAAGAAGUCGAGGAAGAAAAGAGGGCACAGCAAUCGCUUCAUUCAGAUUUCCAACUGCUGCAAGAAGACAGGGAUUCUUUAUCAGCGCAGCUGGAGCUUGCAAUGGCUAAAGCAGAAUCAGAAGAACUAGCAAGGCAAAUUGCCGAGGAACAGAUAUCUGAUUUAGAGAAAGAAAAGACGAUGCUCGAGCUAGAGGUGAAAGAAUUAAUUGCAAGGCAUAAAACGGAGCUACAGGACAAGACUGUCAAAGUAACACAGCUUGAAGAAACAGUGAAAAGUCUAGAGUCCUCUUCUUCAGACAGAGACAAUGACAAAAAGAAUUUGGAAGACCAAAUUAAAAAAUUAAUGGAUGAUCUGGAAAACACGAAGAAAGGCAACCAGAAUGCUGGUGGCGAGGUCGACCAUUUGAGAAAACAGCUUGAAACAGAAAGGACUCUUAAAAAACAGGCUGUUAACAAGCUAGCUGAAAUUAUGAAUCGCAAAGAGUUUUCGUCAGGCAAGAAACCAAAUAAAGUUAGCGCUUCGGAGCUGAGAAAGAAAGAAAAGGAAAAUCGAAAUUUGCAAAAAGAACUCAACCAGGAAAAAGAGAAGUCGAAUAAACUGGUUGCCAAGAAUCAGGCUCAAGUUUAUGAAUUGAAUCAGCAACUAGCAAAGAUCGAAAAGAUAGAGAUGGAGACAGAAUCAAAACAAUGUGAAAUAGAAAAUUUACAGAAGCGAGUCAAUGAAUUGACGGAGGAGCUGCAGCAUCUGAAGACGAUGCACCCAUUUGAUGGCGAAACCAGUUUCUCUUCUCAGAUGCAGAAUUCAUUUAAAGGAGAAGGCUGGCUUGCCAUUCCUAAUCGCCAGAACAUUAAAAAAUAUGGCUGGAAAAAGCAGUAUGUGGUUGUCAGCAGCCGGAAAGUUUUCUUUUACAAUUCAGAAAACGACAAACAGGCUUCCACGCCGUCGAUGAUCUUAGAUUUAAGCAAGCUCUUCCACGUCAGAUCUGUCACUCAGGGUGAUGUCAUUAGGGCCGAUGCAAAAGAUAUUCCGAAAAUUUUCCAGAUAUUGUAUGCAAACGAAGGAGAGGCAAUCAAUCCGGAAGAGAAAGAGGAGCAGCAACAGAACGAGGAAAAGGGAAUCGCUAUCGAUUACCUCGGCCAUAAGUUUUACGUCAUGCAUUACCAUAUGCCAACCAAUUGCGAAGUAUGCCCGAAACCAUUGUGGAAUAUGUUCAGGCCGCCCAUGGCCUUGGAAUGCAGAAGAUGCCAUAUAAAAUGUCAUAAAGACCACGUUGACAUGGAAGAAAUGUGUAUCACUCAGUGUACAGUCACUGUCGAUCUCACUACGGCAAAAGAAUUACUAGUCUUAGCAAACAGUCCUGAAGAACAGAAGAAGUGGGUUACCGGUCUAAGUGGCAAAAUUAUCCGCAAAACUCCGCAACAAAAGAAAAAUUCACCCAAAGGGCAAGUCCCCGCUACAGGCUCUAGCGUGACUCGAAGCGAAUCCUCCAUCAACAAUUUCAAUCGUAGUUCUGAUCGAAUACCUCAGAGAUCACAAUCAGUACAUUCUGCGCAUCUUUCUAAGAGAGACUAGCUGUGCAGAUGUCGUUAAUUUGCCGGUGAACAGAAAGCUAACGUCGAAAUCUGGUUAUUGUUGCUCUUUGGAUGUUCCACUACUGACGGUAACAGCGCUGCAGGCUGCAAUCGUUGACUUAUUUUUCUAGAAUUUUCGAGUCGAUGGACAGAGAGCAAAUAAACACAUAAUGUAUAUCUUUAUAUGGGAAUUUUAUAUCACACAUGAUCGAUUCAUCACUUGUAUGAUCAAAGGAAGCACACAAGUAAAUACGCAUAAUUUUUUACUGUUUAUUUAGCUUUUGGGGUUGAUAUUCUCCAAAGCAUUGUGACGAGGUAUUGCAAACUGAACUUGUCUCCAUGUCGAUUUGCAAAGCAACCCCCCCCCCCCCCCUAAAUUCUUUAUUGCUUGAAAAGAUUUUGAUUUUCCCUGUUUAAACAUUUCUAGUUGCCUGUAAGCUCGGAUCUUGAAUGUUUUCACAGGGGGUGUGAUAGACCAAGGAAAAUCGAGUCCCCAAUAUUCCAGCUACUGCGCAAUUGUCACAUCGCUUCUGUGGGUAAUAUUCAAAGGCCCCUUUCAAUCUGAAUAAUUCUCUUUUGAGAUCUUCUUUUGGGUCUGUUUCCGCAUUUAUUCAUGUUCGAUGAUAUUCCCAUGUGAAAUGCAAGCCAGUACAGUGCAUUCACUCCCCCGUGGCCCAAUCACAGCCAUAUUCCUCAGUUCACAUCCUUGUCAUCACUUACGCUUUGGAGAUUAUCCCCCGGUUUUUGGGAUGGGGAGGUGAGAGAUUCAAUUUAGCAGCAUCUUUUUUAUUCUCAGGGCUCUCAAGGUUUAUAUUCGUUAUAUAGUAAAUUUUAAGAACGUGCAGAGUUAGGGGGUAGAUAUGCUGCCAUGGGGUCUGCAAAUAGUAUGGUAGCAUCGCUGCCUCCUUGACGAACGAUGGGAGUCAAAAAGAGGCCGUUCAAGGUUUUCUUGUACUAGCACGUGGUAGAUACAAAAGAUCUGAUGAAGUUUGUGAUUGGUCAAGGUCACAGCUUGUCUUUCGAUUGGUUGGGUUGACAGACCAAUCAGUUUGCUGUUAAUGGAUACGCACCGUGACUUGAUAUCGUUUAGUUUCUAAGAAACACAUGCAGCGAUUAAUGUAUCGCAAAAUUUGUAACACCGGUUUGUGAGUUAAAGUUCGAAUGAUCCACCCCCGUUCUUGCAACCAAAAAACAUGUGCAUUGAAUUCAACCGUUAUUGUCUAUGCACAUUGACUAUAUGGAUGUGGAUGUCUCACACAUCAUGUGCCUUUUUGCUUCUUCGUCUCCCUGUAGGUUUUUCCUUGCACCAAGUUUGUCCAUGUAACAACCCUUUUUCCAAUGGCGAUGCCAAUCCUUUCGGUAUUCAAUAAGAUUCUCUCCGGCCAUCAAUAUGUGCCCAUCUCCCAGAGUCUUUGUUACCCGAGAGCUUUGUUACCCAAUAACCAAUCAUACCCACCCCCCAAUAAUAAGUAGACCCUGAUUACGACAACGAAACCUGCCCACGAGUCGUUGAUUUCGCACCAUGAAAUCCACCAUUGUUACGUUACGAUACUCCUUUGAUCAAACUGUUGGUUACAUGUUACGCGUUACGAGCUAGUGUUACGAGUUAUUGUUACGUGUUACGUGUCAAUGUGUGUUUGAGUUUUACAGAGUUACGGCAUGUUGAGUUCGCCGUGUAGCACGUUCCUUUGUCCUUUUGCCGUAAGCUAUUUUCUGAUUAGUUUAAUCCAGCCGUUAAAUGAUUUAUGUUCACCGUUAAUCAAGUAAACACAGCCCGUAAUUUUUUAUUAGCACCAAUUCAGUUGGCCUAAGAAAGCCAGCAGAUUGUUAUUGCUUUUUCGUAUGUCGUUCUCUCUUAGUGUCUGUGCCCUUUGUCGUAAUUCUCCAUUUGCGCUUUAUGUAAGUGCUUAAAGCAUAUCUACGUUGCCAGUCCCGAUGGAGUGCCUGUAGCUCCCCGCUGGAACAGGAAAUGGUUCUUUUGAGAAUCCGUGAGUUGGUCCCGUUUCUUGUAGGACAAACUGCUGUUAUUUGAUCUUUCCAGUUGCGGGGUAGCUUUCAUCUAUUUGAUACACUUGGGCCUAUAUUUGACUUUUAACGCUUGACACCAACAACCCUCGCUGGAAGCAAAGUCCACUAGAAAAAUUAAAGUAAGUCUUGUUGAGAUAUUAAAUUGGCUUUGCAUAGUAUUAUUCUCGCAUAAUUGUAUUUUAGCUGAUUUAAUUGCCUCACUCGGUUAGGCCUACUUACAAAGUAAAAUUUAGUAUAUUUUGUAUGUAGCUGAUGCAUUAAGCCUCCAUAGUAACGCACCUUGUAUUCUUGUUGAUAGAGGUAAAUUUCUAAACAAGGAAUCUUGUCUUUUAUUUCAA